AUGUCCAACCCCAAUUCAGAGAUGGAGGAAAUGAUGAAGCCACCCCAAAACCUCAAGUGUCCCCGAUGUGAUUCAGAGGAGACAAAGUUUUGCUACUUUAACAACAGUAAGUCAUCUCAGCCUCGUUAUCGAUGUAAGAACUGCAACAGAUUCUGGACCCAUGGUGGGAAACUUAGAGACAUCCCGUCCAAUGCGGCAGAGAGGAGGGCGGAACGUGCUCGGGAUUCUUUCAUCUCCACUAUCUCAUCUCCCCCAACAGUGACAUAUGCUGCUGCUGAGAUUGAUAGGGCUAGGCCCCUAUACCUGACUCGCCCGCGACCUAAUCAGCCUCGGCUUGAAUUUGUCCGAACGGACAUAAACAGCUUGUCGAUUACAAAAUCUCAUGCGGCCCCAAAAUAUGUGCAGGUCCAGAAGUAUCAUGUUCAGCCAAACCUAAGUGUUUUUCAAGCUAGUUAUGGUCAAGGCGUCCCCGACCGUCAUUACAUGGGCGGUUCAACUAGCGAUCCUUCUAGGUCGUCUUCUGGUGCUUGGUUUUCUUAUUAA